AGGAGGGCUCAGAGGAGGACGACGAGCCAGCUCUAGCCUACACUUGGUGCAAGUAAUGCUACAUCUCUCACACGCACACCGAGCAAGGCGCAACAGGAGACAUUCUGAGAGAAGGAACUGGAACUACAUUACGACCCCCUAGGAGGACCCCCGAUUCAGCGUUCCUGCCCCCAUGGCUUCGCAGGACUUCUCCGGCGAGCAAGGCCCUGCCGCAAUCAGCCUAGGCACGGGCAUGGAGGUGGUGGCUCAGGCAAAACAGAACACUAAAGCCUGCCCCGUCCACACCCCCGUCACCAGCGACGCCAAGCGAGGCUUCCGCAAGAUGCUCGGGAGACACACGGACUACGUCAAGAUUGCCCUGCCGGAGCCCAAGGCCGGCCGCUUGCCCAUGGAGUGGUGGAAAACGGUGCUGGCGUUCUUCUAUGCCGCCUUCAACCUUGUCCUCACCACGGUGAUGAUCACAGUGGUGCACGAGAGGGUCCCUUCCAAGGAGAGCAGCCCGCCACUCCCUGAUAAGUUCUUCGACUACAUCGACCGGGUCAAGUGGGCGUUCACUGUGACCGAGGUGAACGGCAUGGUGCUGGUGACCAUAUGGCUCGUCCAGCUAUUCUUCUUCAAAUACAGGUCAAUAGCAAGCAGGCGGUUCUUCUUCCUCAUUGGUACACUGUACCUGUACCGCUGUGUCACCAUGUACAUCACAACCCUCCCCGUGCCUGGCAUGCACAUGACCUGCGCCCCGAAGCUACACGGUGAUUCCCAGGCUAAGCUCCAGCGUAUCCUCCAGCUGAUCUCGGGCGCAGGGCUCUCCAUCACGGGCUCCCACCUCAUGUGCGGGGACUUCCUGUACAGCGGACACACGGUCAUGCUCACCCUCACCUACCUGUUCAUCAAGGAGUACUCACCGCGGUCAUUCUGGUGGUACCACCUGCUGUGCUGGCUGAUCAGCGCAGUGGGCGUGGUGUGCAUCCUGGUGGCCCACGAGCACUACAGCGUAGACGUGGUGGUGGCUUAUUUCAUCACCUCCCGCCUCUUCUGGUGGUACCACACCAUGGCCAACCUGCAGACUCUGAAGUGUUCGCCCAACAACUACCUCACGCACACCUGGUGGAACCCCGUUUUCAACUUCCUGGAGAGGAACAUCCAGACGGCCAUCCCCUGCUCCUACAGCUGGCCCUUCAGCUGGCCCCCGGCCUGCCUCAAGAACCCCUGCAAGAAUUACUCCAUGGUCCAGAGCACCCGGGAGGAGUGAGGCCGUCUCAGAGGGCCCAGGGACUGUAUGGCCAUGCCUGGUUUCUCACCCCAUUAGCACCCCUGGGACAAUCAGUUGAUGGGUCCUUUCAAUCAGUAUUCAGAGAAGGUGUGAUGAGGUGAACAUGGAGCAGAUUUGUAUUUGUAUGGUGUGCUAGAGUUUGGGCGGAUUUCAGGAGUAAACGAUGGUAUCAUACUUGUCAUUUUAUGUGUUUUACAUCAUUGUAACUUAUUUAUAUCAAGGUUUUUUUUUAGGGUCAAUGUCGUUUUUUUGGUUUCUCCAUUCAUGAUUCUGUUCGAUUGGAUUAAGAAGAUGUAAAGACGAUGUUCAUUUGGGACCCAUUUUUCAGGAGUAAAGUCAGUAUUAAGUGUUAACUAUAUGCAAGAUAAAGUAUUUGCUCUCGCUCUCUCUCUCAGCAUAGAUGGAGGUGGGUUUACCUCAAUGUGGUACUAAAGUCACAAGUUGCCUUAGAAAAUGUUUUUUAAGUUGCAUAUAUUGGAUCAAUUGAUUGGUUAAUUAUUAUUUAAUUUUUUUUGUAUCGAUUUUUUAUUAAUUUCAAAUGUCUGUGCAAAAUGUGCAAAAGAUUUAAUUUUAGGAUAUGGUCGUAAAAACAGACAAAAGUUGUAUUGCUCGUUUUUCCUUGUACAAACCACGGUCUGACAUAUAUUCUUAUACCACAAUUUAAAUAAAUA